GUCACAUAACACACCUUCUGUUUUCUCAUCAGGAUGAUUCUUCUUCUUCUUCUGCUGUGCUUUAUCAGUUAUAGCGGAUCCUCCACUAAACCUGUGUCAGGAAUAAAGGGAGGAAUCGUCACUCUAUCCUGUGGAUCUGAGGACAGAGAGAUUGUGGAGAUCAGUUUAUUCAGUGUGUGGAAACACAUCCCUGUGUGUGAGGAGAGAAACUGCAGCGGUCGAGUGUGUAAAGAAGGAUCAUGUGACGUCAUCAUCAACGAUCUGAGACUCAGUGACGCUGGGAAAUACUUUUUACAUGUUUAUUACAAUAAUGAUCAGAGAGAGCUGGAGCGACAGAUCAGGGAAUAUCAUCUUCAUAUUCACGAUGAGAUCUCAGUGAAGAAAGGAGAGGAUCUGAAGUUGGAUGUUGUGUUGAUCAACGCUGAUAAAGUGGAGAGAAACUCUCGCUCCGGCUGGACAGAGGUGUGGAGGAGAGGUCACGGGGUCAGAGGUCACGGGGUCAGCAGUGAUCGACUGACCGUCAGUGACCAGACUCUGAUCAUUCAUGAGUUUACAGUCACUGACACUGGAACAUACAGAGCUCUGGACUCUAAUAAUGAAGCCUUGAUCACAGUCACAGUCACAGAAUCUGUUCUAGACUCGAAGGGAAAUCUGAACGACACUGAACAUCGACGUGAGUAAAACAUGAGAGAAUUACAGAAGAUCUUAA